ACAGACAGACGCCAUUCAAAUGUCCCUAUACAGUAAUCUUCCACUACAAACAUGGAGAAGAUAGCAAUCAAAACCGCGCUAGUAAAGUCAUUCCAGUCCAAAAAAAUAAGCUCAACUCAUUUUUCAUACAAAUAUGAAACUUAACUGAAAAGCAUAAAGACUAUAUUUCAGUAAGUCUCAUGUGUUUAAUAUGCAGUAUACACGAUAUAUUAUCUUGUAUACACUUUUGUGCACGACUGCACCGGUAAGUCCAGCUCACUAAGUCAGUGUAUUUUGUUUUAUUAUUUACACGACGUUCUCGAACAGCGAGCGUGCCAAACACACGCACAAACAAAUAAUAUUUUUAUUUUAUUUCAUUUUUGUAUCUGUGCAGUUGAAAAUGUUUUUUAAGAUUUUAUUUUUGGUGUUAGCUGCCAGUUUGGCUGUUAGCGAUGGUGUUCAGCCCACAAAUUACGACAUAAGCAGGAAUCAGCUGGGCGGUUUCGGAAUAAGAGAAAUGCUGGACUAUUUGUUAGGAGGCAACUACGGCAACUACCCAUAUCCGAGCGGACCGGGAUACUACCCGGGGGGACAAUACGGCGGGCAGUACGGCCCUGGGCAUUAUGGCCCGGGCCACUAUGGACCCGCGGGACCGCCUGGCGCCCACGCUGGAUGCCCACUCUGUGAUUCCUCAGUCUACAGCUACUGCUACCACAAGCAAACACAUGACUCGUGCUGCUGCAGUUCAGUUUUCAACCCAUACAACUGCGGCAAGACCGACUGCAAGUUCCUGUACGCGAACUCUUGCGAAGAACACCAGCUGAUCACUAACUGUUGCUGCGUCGACCUCUACAAGAACAACCCGAACGACGUCCCAGUCGCUGCUGUCGUCGCAUAAUAACUUAUGAAGUAUAGAAAUAAGAGCUAUUAUAAGGUGAACCGCAAGGUUUUCUUUCUGAUUGCAUCAAACUGACCAUAAAUUAUUAGAUAUUGUAAUAUUUUCCAUUGAAUUUCAUGUUUGUAGCGAUGUCUAGUCCGUCUAUAAUAGUUAAAUUGAGUCUGCAUGUUACAUCUAUUUUCUAACUUUAAUGAAUGAGUUGAGAUAGUAUUUAGGUUCAUAACAUUUUAAAAACUUAACCAAUUACCUAGUUCGGCUCACUGUUUCAGAUAGCCACUUACCUAAGCAAUUAUUUUAAUCUAAGACAUUAGUUUGAUGCAACAGGAUAUAGAACAUAAUUUUAUUCUAUUAUAAUAUAGUUUUUAAGUUAUUCGUUCAUUAACUCCAUCAUUCAUUGAAACAUUGAAGUACAUUAUAUCUUCUAUUAAAAUGUG